CCUCGCCUACGACUACGACGCCGUGGCGCGCCACCCGCCACCAGGCCCGCCGAACCCUACGCCCCGUCCCCGAAUCGGAGGAGCAACCGCCUCGCGGAGAUUCCCUCCGAUACCCGCCCGCCCACGCCGGGAUCUCCGCAUCCGGAUCCGACUUGCGUCAUUGCCCCCCUGAUAUCUCCUCCACGCACACAGUCCACCCCGGCUUCCAGAGUCCAGAGUCCUGACCACGGGCGAGCGCACGAGCUCUCGCGCGCGUAGAGGCGCCGGAUUUCGUCGAUUCCGGCGACAUAGCAGAUCCAUUGCCUUUCCUCGGAUACAGUCCGGGCUGGGUGGGGGGACUCCUUUUCCGCCUAGCAGGGUUGCGUGCGGGCGGCGGGGUUGCUUGGAAGGCAAGCCGAGGUGGGAAUCGGGUGUUUAGGGGGCGGCGGUGGUGGUAAAGGUACUAGGGUUGGGGGCGGUGAUUAGUGGAGCUGCGAGGAGGUCGAUAGAGAGGUGGGGAACGAUGGGGCUGAUGGCGCUGGGCGACCCGCCGGCGGACUACGCGUCCAUCGCGGCGGUGGGGCUGUUCGUGGCGCUCAUGUGCGUCUGCAUCAUCGUCGGCCACCUCCUCGAGGAGAACCGAUGGAUGAACGAGUCCAUCACCGCGCUCUUCAUCGGGCUGGGAACUGGAGCGGUGAUCCUGUUCGCGUCCAGCGGGAAGCACUCGCGCGUGCUCCAGUUCAGCGAGGACCUCUUCUUUAUUUACCUGCUGCCGCCCAUCAUAUUUAAUGCAGGGUUCCAAGUGAAGAAGAAACAGUUCUUUCGAAACUUCAUUACUAUUACACUGUUUGGUGCAGUUGGCACCUUGAUCUCUUUUACUGUAAUAUCCCUUGGUGCUCUAGGACUAGUAUCAAGGCUUAAUAUUGGCGCACUUGAGCUUGGGGACUAUCUCGCACUUGGGGCAAUAUUCUCGGCCACAGACUCGGUGUGCACCUUGCAGGUGUUAAGCCAAGAUGAGACACCCUUCUUGUACAGCCUCGUGUUUGGUGAAGGUGUUGUCAAUGACGCAACUUCUGUUGUGUUGUUCAAUGCAAUCCAGAACUUUGAUCUUGGAAAUAUCAGUGGUGCCAAAUUACUUAACUUUAUUGGCAGUUUCCUUUAUCUAUUUGGCACCAGCACCAUUCUUGGAGUAGCUUCUGGACUUCUUAGUGCUUAUAUCAUCAAGAAGUUGUACUUUGGCAGGCACUCAACCGAUCGUGAAGUUUCCAUUAUGAUGCUAAUGGCUUAUUUAUCUUACAUGCUAGCCGAAUUGCUUGAUUUGAGUGGCAUUCUCACAGUGUUCUUCUGCGGUAUCGUAAUGUCCCACUAUACCUGGCACAAUGUAACAGAAAGUUCCAGGGUCACAACCAAACAUGCCUUUGCAACAUUGUCAUUUAUCGCCGAGACUUUUCUGUUUCUCUAUGUUGGCAUGGAUGCAUUGGAUAUAGAGAAGUGGAAGAUUGUCAGUCAAACUUACAGCCCAGUAAAAUCUGUUGCUUUGAGCUCCACUAUUUUAGCCUUGGUGCUGGUUUCAAGAGCUGCUUUCGUUUUCCCAUUAUCAUUUCUAUCAAAUUUGACCAAAAAAACUCCAAAUGGAAAGAUAUCUUUUAGGCAGCAGGUUAUUGUUUGGUGGGCGGGUCUCAUGAGAGGUGCUGUGUCCAUUGCGUUGGCUUACAAUAAGUUCACAAGAUCAGGCCAUACUCAGCAACCUAGCAAUGCUAUCAUGAUCACAAGCACAAUCACUGUUGUUCUUUUCAGCACAAUUGUCUUUGGGCUACUGACCAAACCGCUGAUCAGGCUCUUGAUCCCACCAAGGCACCUAUCCAGGGAAGCCAGCGCCCUUUCUGAACCAUCCAGCCCAAAGUCUUUCUUUGAGCAGCUGGCCACGAACAGCCCUGGUCUCCCUGAUAUUGAGAACGGCAUAAGCCUACGCCGCCCGACAAGCCUCCGUUUGCUCCUAGCGAGCCCGGCACGGUCGGUCCACUAUUACUGGCGCAAGUUUGACGACGGUUUCAUGCGGCCGGUUUUUGGCGGCCGUGGCUUCGUCCCCUUCCACCCUGGUUCACCGACUGAGAGCAGUGUGCCGCUGCUUGCUGGCAAUGGGAACUGAAACCAGCAUACCGUGGUGACUGGGUUCAGCAAAAGUUUUGUAAAUUAACUUCGCUUAUUAGGAAUAAUGAAUUGGUGUAAAUAUAGGUAGUAGAUUCACUUGCUAAGCUUGUACAUGCUGAUGUAGGCUAGUUGCCUGACCAGAGACCACACGGCUCUUGAUGAAUUUGUAUUUAUGAAUUACGUACUCUACAUAUUGGAUCACAAAAUAUGUAUCAUCUCCGAAUUAAUAGAUAUAUGUAAAUUAUCAAUCCAUUUUGGAGUGAAUACUAUGCUUGAAAUAUUCACGGGA